UGGCGGGCACAUAACUAGCAGCUGAUAUUAGCUGUUUGUACCGUACAUGUUUUUCUUGUUUUGUUAUUUAACGCCGAACUUCACAUGAGGUUUUUCACAAAAAGUGGUCGAUUCUUGAUUGCCGGCAUUCUGCCGGGAAUUGACCGCAGCGCCGACGAUGUUGUCGACAAGGAAAGCAAAACCUACAAAUCGUUCUUGGCCAACAAGCCAACCGAAGAAACGGGCUUGGAGCGUCUGAAGCAAAUGCUAACCGUGGAUGAAUUCGGCAGCAUAUCCUCAGAGCUGAACUCAAUAUACCAGGUGGGCUUCCUUGGCUUCCUUGUGGGGGCCAUCUACGGAGGUGUUACACAAUCGCGGGUCAGCUACAUAAACUUCAUGGAGAACAAUCAAGCGACAGCGUUCAAAUCGCACUUUGAUGCCAAGAAAAAGCUGCAGGAUCAGUUCACAGUGAAUUUCGCCAAGGGCGCCUUUAAAUGGGGCUGGCGUGUGGCUCUGUUUAGCACCUCCUACUUUGGCAUCAUAACGUGUAUAUCUGUUUACCGCGGAAAGUCCUCCAUUUACGAGUACCUGGCUGCGGGCUCGCUCACGGGAGCUCUGUACAAAGUCAACCUGGGUCUGCGGGGCAUGGCUGCUGGCGGCAUCAUUGGUGGGUUUAUGGGUGGUGUCGCGGGCGUAGCUUCGCUGCUGUUGAUGAAGGCAUCGGGCACCUCCAUGGAGGAGGUGCGCUACUGGCAGUACAAAUGGCGCUUGCAGCGGGACGAUACCAUUCAGCAAGCCUUCAAGAACCAGGCCCAAAAGGAUGCGCCCGAACUGUUUACCGCGCAUGAUAACCGCGUGGGCGAAUCGGUCACAUUGGACUCAAUCAAGUGAAUCAACUCGU